UGAUUUAAGACUAAUUUGACCUUGAAUCGGACCAUGACAACCUCUAAUCAUGGUAUGUGAUAUCUCACUCCGCCACAGUGAAAUUUAGCGGCGGACCGGGCGGUAGAAUAGUGAGCUAGUGAGCUCUUCUCCUCUCCGCCACUCCGGACUUCUCCGACGCUCCGCCGUUCGAUCAUCGUGCGUCGUUAGGUCGUACGCUCCUCUCUCCUCCGCCCCUCAGUACCUGCCGCUUGCCGCCGUAUUUCUCUCCAUCCAUAUCUUCGCAUCAACAGCGAGUGUCGAACUUCACCUCUUCUUCAUAAUCGCGAAGCUUAGGGUUUUCUGCCUGCUUUCCACACAUUCAUGUUCUGACUGCUUUCCAAGAACUUCGAGAUGUGGGGUGAUGAGUGUGAUCAAUUUGAGCCUGGUGAUAUUAUUACUCUGUCAAGUGGCAUAUUCUCUUACAACCGCAAUGCUCUUGUAUUGAGGGCUGGCAAGAGAGGUUACUUCCAGUAUGGUUACCAAUAUUCGUUCAUAUGGCUGUCCUGCAACUUCCAAGCUUUUAGCUCAUAAAUACUCCAGACCCAGUGUUGAAGUUGUUUUCCUUGAGAAACCUUCAUCACUCACUAGAAUGAUGGAUUUUCAGUUAUCAUAUUCUGCUUGUAACUGGGGACAACCUACUUCAAUCAACAAGUAUGGGAGGAUUGCAUGGUUGGUUAGAAGUAGUGCAGAUGGCAGAGGACUGAAUUCUUCUCCCACCAAUGACAACGGCAAUAGAACUCGACUUAUUAGGGCCAUUGAAUCUUUUCAAGUCAAACUGAAUGCAAGAAUAAAAGGGUUGAUGACAAAUCUUCCCAUGAAGUUGCUACUUUUGUUAAUUGGCUUUUAUUCUGCAACGGCAUUUGCCACAGUAAUUGGGCAGACUGGUGACUGGGAUGUUCUUUCUGCUGCACUGGCAGUGGUCGUAGUGGAGGGCAUUGGGGCUCUCAUGUACAAAACAUUCUCUCCUUUUGUAGAUAAGGUAAAGGAUCUGAUUACCAUGCUCAAUUAUUGGAAGACUGGACUCACUCUUGGUCUUUUCUUGGAUUCAUUCAAGUAUUAGGUGGAACAGAAUUGACUAAUGACUGUGUACAUGAACUUUGGCAUUCUGAAGAUAAAAUACUCACUUGAACAAGAUCAAAUGAAACGCUUUCCACACUUUUCCCCCUCAUUCGGGAUUGUAGAGGCAUAUUAUGCUGCAUCUUCUGUGGAAGAUUUCUAUUGUUCAGUGUCACAGUGUAUCUCCUAUUUCAGUACAUCACUGUAAAGUGUAAACAAACAGUUAAGAGUUGUAUGAAUGCAAGCAGUUCCAAUGAUGUUUCA